UGGAAAUUUCGUGAUUGUUUUUAAUUUAACUAAAACAUACUUAACACUUGAUCUCAAAUGUUCAAUUCUUGAUAGAGAGCAUGUCGUAAUGAAAUAUAAUUUAGUAAAAAAAAAAAUGUUCAAUUCAAUUUCGUUAUUUGUAGGCGUUAUACAUUUGACUCAUAAUUAAGCUAUAUAGCUCUAUAGUAAAAUAUUCAAAAUUUUCUUGUAGAAUCGUUGAUUGCAUUUGAUCAAUAUUCAUCUACUUAUUUUUAACAUUAUUCCCGAUCGCAGCUGGAGUUCUUUUCAUUUUCUUCCCCUCUCCAAUUUGCAUGCAUUCCACUAGGCCACGGGAGGAGCAACAGGCAACUUAGCGUCGCCGCCGGCGCUGUCCUUCAUCUUCUGCAGCCUCUCCUCCCGAUGAUUCAAUAUCGCCUCCUUAACGUUGCCGUCCCCGACGAUGUGAACGCUGCCGCCGGCGGCGCCGCCGGCGCUCUUCUGGCCCUGCAGCCUCUCCUCCCGAUGAUUCAUGAUCGCCUCCUUCACCUUGCCGGCGGCGGUCCUGUCCACGACGGAGCACACGCCCUUGACGAGGCGCGGGACGGCGGGGAACUUGGGGUACAUCUCCUGCCAGCAAGAGUCGGUGAUCCCGCCGGCGGCCUGGCAGCACGUCUGUCCCAUCCCGAGGAUCUCCGUCCGCAUCCCCUUGUGGGCCUUCAUUCCCUGGACGCUGAACCGGGUCAGGAGCGAGGCGGUCUCGUUGACCAUCUUCAUGCAUCCCGGGAUCUUCCGGAGCGCGCCGAUGCACUGCACCGAGUUCAUCAGGCUGGGCUUCUGCUCUUCGGCGCCGAAGACGGAGCACGUGCCGCGGAAGAAGAGCGCCACGGGACACUUGGGGAACAUCAUCUUCCAGCAGACGUCGCUGACGCUGUUGAUGAUCUGGCAGCAGGCGGACCCCAGCUUCACGUAGCUGCCGCUGAUGUCCACGCUGGCUUCCCUGGAGGCCGACACGCCGCCGCUGAUGGUCGUGAAGGUCUUGUGGAUCUGCUCCCGGCAGCCCGGGACGCCCUUCAGCACGUCGCAGCACGGCGGGCUGUUCACGUCCGUCGGCACCGGCGGCGAUGGGUCUGUCGGUGGCGACGGGGUGGUCGGUGUCGGGGUGGUCGGCGCCGGCGGUACGUGGGCCGACGCGAUGGUGGCGAGGGUUAGUGCGAGGAGAGCCGCCGCCGUGAGCAUGGUUAGCUUGGAGGAGGUUAGUGAUGAUGAUGAUGACAUGGAAAUUGGGCCAGCCCGACAGAUUCGGCCAUGGCUUGGGUCAGCAGGAGGUUUAAGGCCCGCUCCGACCUAUUGGCCGUCGUCGUCCUCUUUCUUUCGCCGCAACUUCUUGAUCUGCAGCAGGAUUGAUUUAUUCUGUUCUUCUGUCCAAUUUUCCCGGAUGCCAAACAGAGCUUCCAUCCCGCCGCAGCCAUCGCCAAUAUGCUGAGAAGGAAACCCACGAAAAUCGAGGUGACAAUCGAAGACAAAGAAGAGAUUGAAGAAGCCCGCAGUCGUGCCGCCGCCGCCGUCGCCAUCCCUUCCGCCGCCGACGCUCUCGUCCGACUCCUCGAACGCACCCAAUCCAGCACCACCACCAACAACCCCGCCGCCCCCUCCAAAUCCCAGCGCAUCGGCCUCUCCUCCUCUUGAAAUCUCACCAAUGGAAGUCGAGGUCAAGCUAGGGCUUCCGGACGCCGCCGCACACUCCAAAUUCAAAUCCCUGAUUUCCGAAUUUCACAUCAAGACCGUCAACCAGCAGAAUCUCUUCUUCGACACACCCGCCGCCGCCCUCGCAUCCGAGCGCGCCGUCCUCCGCCUCCGAUUCCUCGACGGCGUCACCCGCUGCGUCGUUUCGCUGAAGGCCAGGGCCGUUUUGGUCGACGGGGUGAGCCGGGUCGAGGAGGAUGAGGAGGAGAUCGACCCCGUUCUUGGUCGGGCCUGCGCCGCCGACCCGAUGAAGCUGGGGUCGAUUGAUUCGAGGAUUGUGAGAAGGUGCAGGGAUGAGUUCGGCGACGGGAAGGAGAUGGGUUUCGUUUGCUUGGGAGGGUUUGAGAAUGUGAGGGAAGUUUACCAAUGGAGAGGGAUGAAGCUGGAAGUGGACGAGACUAAGUAUGCAUUUGGAGUGAGCUAUGAGAUUGAGUGUGAGAGUGAGGAUCCUGAAGGGGUGAAGAAGGAGCUUGAAUGGUUUCUGAAGGAGAAUGGGGUUGAUUACAAGUACUCUGAGAUGUCAAAGUUUGCUGUUUUCCGAUCUGGGAAGCUGCCGUAAGUCUGCCAAUCUCGAUCACUGUGGAAAUCUGUCCAGCGUGAUUGAUUCGGUCUUGAUCUUGAUUUUUCUGAUCGAAGAAAUCCACAUCGGCAGUCUUUGUUUCAUCUCGAUGUCCAUUAUCUUGCUUUGCUGAACCAGUUCUUGGUAUCCAUGGCCAUUUGCAGCCACUUGCAAUGUUAUUAUUACACUUUACAGCCUUCUGCAAUGUACUUCUGGGAAAUGAACUUUGACGAGUGCUUUCUCAAGUUGGAUAUAGACAUGAUUAGUACGCUAAGUAAAUGUCGGGCUAGUUGCUCUGGAAGUGUUGGUUUAAGUAUGGUGCUAAUCAUUGUUCUGCUGUGUUGGGAUGAUCAUUUAAGAUGGUAAUCUGCUGCCUCCAAUUCGAGGCUAGGAUCUAGCUUGGCUAACCGGUUAUAGAUUGAACUGCUUAUCGACCAAAUACCACCCUACG